UUGUUUAAUAUUCCAAUAGUUUUGUUUGUUUCUAUUGACACAAAAGUAAUCCCAUAUACCUGUCAGUAAUACAAGAAAAAUCUCUGUGACAUAUAUGUUUCUGUUAAGCCCAGAGGGUUCUGCAUCAUUCACAAGGGACAAUAUAUUUUACCAAUGUUUUUAUUUAUUUGUUUUUUUAUUUAUUUUAUACAGAGACCAAAUACUAUCAAUCACCCCAAAAACACAGGAACAAGUGGACUUAAUGAGGAACAUUUCCGAUCAUUACAGGAUGGUCUUAUGCCAUCAAGCUGCACCUGAGAACAUCAAAGAAGAAACUGAUGUCCAAGUGUAUGUUCCUGCCAUCUACACGUGGACCAUGACGGGUCUGCUACAGAAACACGCCAUGAUAUACAAGGUGUUAGUGGCCGAUGUCAGUGAGUUGAUUGAAAUGCAGAAGAGGAGCGACUCCGCCUACCGAAGUAUCGAAACUUUCUACGAGAGCUAUCACACCCUGGAGGAUAUCUAUAAUUGGAUAAACGAGACUCGUCAGAACAACCCUGACACAGUUGAAGUCAUUCAAAUUGGCUCCUCCUUUGAGAAUCGACCGCUCUAUGUUAUGAAGUUGUCUCUCAAUAACAGGCCGAAUAAAAAAGCGAUGUGGAUUGACUGCGGGAUCCAUGCCAGAGAGUGGAUCUCUCAUGCUUUCUGCUUAUGGUUUGUGCAAUAUUCUUUGUCAUCUUACAAGACAAACCAAAACAUGACUCACAUCUUUGACAACAUGGAUGUCUACGUCCUGCCUGUUGUGAACCCUGAUGGAUACGAAUACUCGUGGACAACAGACAGGAUGUGGCGAAAGAACCGCUCUGUCAGAAACAGCAGCCACUGCAUCGGGGUCGACCUCAACAGGAACUUUGAUGCAAACUGGUGCAUGGAGGAAGCCUCUAAAAACCCCUGCAGAGACCUCUACUGUGGUGCAUCCCCCGAGUCGGAACCAGAGACGCAGGCCGUGGCCAACUUCCUGCGCAGUCACAAGGACUCAAUUCAGCUCUACCUUACCAUCCACGCCCCCACUAAGAUGCUGCUCUUCCCGUACUCCUACACCUUUGAGGAAGCAGAAAACCACAAAGACCUGUAUGAGAUGGCCCAAGAAGCUGCGGAGAAUAUCAAGACAAUUUACAACACCACUUACACAUAUGGCCAAGGAUCAAAGACAAUAUAUUUGGCUUCUGGAGGUUCUGACGACUGGGCGUACGAUCUUGGCAUCAAGUACUCUUUCACGUUUGAGCUCAUGGGCCACAGGGAUGAUGGCUUCUAUGGCUUCCUCCUGCCUCCAUCUGAAAUUACAAGGGCCUGCAAUGAAGCUCUUAUUGGUGUGAGGACCAUUGCUCUCAAGGUUAUCGAGAAAACACAAGCUCCAACAAGUCCUCCUCCAUCUGCCUGAGCAUUUACACCCGCCAUUGAGGAGAGUUCAGUAUCUAAGCCAUGUAUCAAUAUUAAGGUUAUUGUCAUGUUAUUGAUGGUGUCAAUAAUAUGUGUAGUCUUGAUAUUCAUUCACUUAUCCAAACAAUGUAAGCUGCUGUGUGAUGUG